ACAUUCCACCUUUUAUUUAAAUUUCCUGAUCAGAAGUCCGAUCCCGAGGCCUCAGAAAAGACACAAUAUUCCGAGAAUCGUGAUUCGGAUAAUCAAAUCGUUAACAGGGCAGCGCUAUGGGGAAGAAGGCUGUGUUGAUAGGAAUCAACUACCCAGGAACCAAAGCAGAACUCAAGGGCUGCAUAAACGAUGUCAGGAGGAUGUAUCGAUGUCUCAUCGAUCGAUAUGGCUUCUCUCCGGAUGAUAUUACUGUCUUAAUCGAUACCGACGAGUCCUACAUCCAGCCAACUGGGAAGAAUAUUCGUUGGGUCCUCAACGAUCUUGUGCGAUCGGCCGAGCCAGGCGAUUUUCUCUUUGUCCACUACAGUGGACAUGGGACCAGGCUUCCUGCCGAGACUGGGGAGGAUGAUGAUACUGGCUUUGAUGAAUGCAUUGUGCCCUGUGACAUGAAUCUCAUCACUGAUGAUGACUUCAGGGACUUUGUGGAUCAAGUGCCUCAUGGCUGCCGCAUAACAAUUGUGUCCGAUUCUUGCCAUAGCGGUGGGCUUAUUGAUGAGGCUAAAGAGCAAAUAGGGGAGAGCACAAAGCGUGCAGAGGAGAAAUCAGAGUGCAAGUCUGGAUUCAAAAAUUUUUUGAAACAGACCAUCGAAGAUGCAUUUGAUUCUCGUGGAGUUCACCUUCCAUCUGGAUUACAUCGUCAUGGGGAUGAGGAGGAUUUUGAUGACAAAGGGGUUGAAGAAGGCUUUGGUGAGUAUGGCUAUGUAAAGAGUAAAUCUCUUCCGCUCUCAACUCUCAUAGAUAUUCUGAAGCAAAAAACAGGAAAAGAAGACAUUGAAGUGGGGAAGCUGAGGCCAACCCUUUUUGAUACGUUUGGAGAAGAUUCAAGCCCUAAAGUGAAGAAGUUCAUGAACGUGCUUCUGAGUAAACUCAAACGUGGUGAUGGAGAAAGUGGAGGUGGUGGAUUCUUGGGAAUGGUUGGUAGUCUUGCUCAGGAGUUUCUCAAACACAAGCUGGACGAGAAUGAUGAGAAUUAUGCAAAGCCUGCAUUGGAGACAGAAGUGGGCAGCAAGCAAGAGGUUUAUGCUGGACAAACCAAGAAAUGCCUGCCAGAUGGAGAGAUUCUAAUCAGUGGCUGCCAGACUGACCAAACAUCGGCUGAUGCCAGUCCUCAAGGAAAUGCAGGUGAAGCUUAUGGAGCUCUUAGCAAUGCAAUUCAGAUCAUAAUUGCGGACACGGAUGGUAAAGUUACCAAUCAGGAACUGGUCUUGAGGGCUAGGAGGAUGCUGAAGAAUCAAGGUUUCACUCAGAGACCAGGUCUCUACUGCAGUGACCCUCAUGUUGAAUCCACAUUCAUAUGCUGAUCUGAAGAGUUUCUUGUUACAAAAGCAAUUAUGUGUGCUAUUUUUGAGUUGGGAGAUGUGUUUUCUCUGUUAAUUUUAAGUUUUGAAAAAUAAUACCCUGAACAAAACGGUUUUCAUAUUUACUCUAUUUUCGUGAUUUUUAACAGUGAAGAGAGAAUUUUUCUUCCAAAA